AUGAAAAACAAANUGAGAAAAAGUUUGAUGAAAUUAUAGAGUUAUUCGAUGAAGCGAUCUCUCAAUAACCUGAAAAUAUGUAAUUAUAUGAGAAUAAAGGUAAUAUUGCAUUCUUUAUAUAUAUUUAGCUCGACAAUUAGAAAAAUAGCAAAAAUGGCUUGAUACUUUAAAAUGCAUCAAUUAGGCUGUUAAAAAAUUUCCUAAAUCUCUCCACUUUUAGUUAUAAAAAUGUACUAUGGAAUUUUAUUUUUUGUUAAAUCCUUAAACAUAAAUUAAAAUGAAGUAAUUAUAUAACAGCUGAAUCUUAUUAAGGCCGCUAGAUAAUGUUGCAGAAUGAUUCCAAAUAUUUAUUAUGAUACAGACUAAGAAAUGGAG